GUUCUAUGAGUAAGUGUACGAGGAAGAAGACCCCUUUUGGCAUAGGAGGCGAUCCCCUGCAUUGGGUAUGGGCCAUCAGAGAAGAAGAAGACGAGAUGUCUCUCGUUAGAGACCGCAUCGUGCACUCUCCUUACCCGGACGUCACCAUACCGGAGUGCCCAUUGUACGAAUACAUCGCACGAUUCCUCGAGCGACAUGCGGACAGGACGGCCUUCGUGGAAGGGGAGGAGGCCAUCAGCUACGCGGUCCUGCAGACGCGCCUGGGCCAAUACGCCGCGGGGUUCUACAAACACGGCGUGAGGCGCGGUGACCGCUUCAUCGUGGCCGUGGAUGGCUCGACCGACGCGCUGGUCUCCAUCAUGGCGCUCAUGUUUUCCGGAUGUGUGGCCUGCUUUGCCAGCGGACCCAGGACGGCGCAGGAGCUGGCCUACCAAGUGCAAGACGCCGAUGCAUCGUUCUGCCUCACGGACAACGAAAACUUGGCCUACAUAAUCGAAGAACAGCCUCAGUGCCGCUUCAAGAUGAUAUUCGUAACGCGGGACGUGCCGGGCUUUGUCUCGGUGACGUCAUUCCGUGGACUCACCGAGAUGGCACUCGAGAAGCUCCAGCAAGAAGACACGAAGAAGGCGCUGUGCGCGAUCGCCUACACCUCGGGCACCACGGGCGACGCCAAGGGAGUGAUGGUGUCGCAGUACAGCUUCGUAGCCGCUAUCGAGAGCCUCAAGGAACUGAAAUGCGCCGGUGAACACGAAGUGCUUAUAGUAUUGUGGAGAAUGUACGCCGUGAGCGCUGUCCGCCUUUUCAUGGAGGGGCUGUGCGCCGGUGCUACGGCAAUAAUCGUGAAGCCGAAACAUGGAAACACGGAAAUAAUCGAAGCGAUCAGGAAGCACAAUGUGACGUCGUUAUUGGCGUCGGCUACGCCCCUGCAGCGACUGGUGCGCGAUGUGGUGGAAGCGGGCGAGACACUGAAGAGUGUCAGUUUCGUCGGCAGCGUCGGCGGCACCCUGCCCGCGUCGGUCGUGGAACAGAUGAAGAAUGUGUUCGAUUUACGCAAGCUGGCUCACACGUACGGACUCACCGAGGCGGCGGGUGUGGUGAUGGUACCGCGGGUAACCGAGCUGAGCGUCGCCUACCUCGGCUAUGCGUGUGCCGGGGUGCUUAUCAAGGUAGUUGAUGUCACCACAAGGAAGGCUCUUCCAGCCGGAAAAGGUGGCGAAAUUUGUGUGAAGAUCCCGAGCGUCAUGAUGGGGUACUUAAACAAGCCGGAAGCUACGGCACAAGUCUUCGACUCCGAAGGAUGGCUCUUGUCUGGGGAUAUCGGCUACUACGACGAGGAGGGCCGCGUGCAUUACAUAGACCGGCUGAAGGACACAAUCAAGUGCCUCGGCUUCCACGUCCCAACGCCAGAGCUUGAGCAGCUCAUCAGCUCGAUGGCCGAAGUGAGUGAGGUGGCCGUGGUAGGUGUGCCCUCUGCCGAGUAUCAGGACGCGCCGAUCGCGUUUGUUGUCCUGAAGCAUUCUGUCGUCGGGAACGCCACCCUAGCCCUGAAGAUCAAGCAGCACGUCGCAGCAACAACACCUAGCCACAUGCACCUGUAUGGAGGCGUGGUCUUCACAGACAGCCUGCCACGAAAUGCGAUUGGGAAAGUGCUGAAGAAGGAUCUCAGGAAUAUUGCGGCUGACAAAAAUACGAUCAAGCUGUGAGGCGCACUACGGUAUUAUGAAGUUCGUCCUGUGACAUGAAAACAACGUCGCCUUUAGCAAGCACGAAUGCGGCAUCGAUUGGAGGUUGUCCUUGUACAGGGUCGUAAUGAACCAGACGCCGUCGUUGGCUUAAUAAACGGUAAUACAUUGCGCGAUGAGCU